AUGACAGGGGUGGACAUAGAGAAAUACAAGCGUAUUGUACAAUACUUCUGGGACCCUGAGCCCAAGAAUGACAUGGCGCCAGAGGCCGCGAUCUGGUGCCUGGGUCAAAUGUAUACCCCCCACCCCCCGCAAGACGACAGCGUCGAAGCCGAUAGACAUGACGUCGCCUCAAGUCUGGCGCGAGCGGGAACCCCAAAGGACCCUGCCGGGUGUGCCUGGCCGGAGGCAUUCCUGAAGGACUUUGAAUCUAGAAUAUGGAUGACUUACCGCUCCAACUUCACUCCCAUCCCGCGAAACAACACGCCGGAAGCGACGUCUUCGAUGACACUGGGGGUCCGGCUGCGAAGCCAGCUGAUGGACUCGCAGGGCUUCACGUCCGACACCGGAUGGGGCUGCAUGAUCCGAUCUGGACAGAGCUUGCUCGCAAAUACACUCUGCAUACUACUACUUGGCCGAGACUGGCGAAGAGGCCAAAAACCAGAGGAAGAAUCCAGACUACUUGCCAUGUUUGCAGAUCACCCAAAGGCUCCCUUUUCAAUACAUCGAUUUGUCUACUGCGGUGCCGAGUCAUGCGGAAAAUACCCCGGGGAAUGGUUUGGGCCAUCAGCAACCGCUCGGUGCAUCCAAGCACUGUCAAACGAAUGCCAAGACCCCAAGCUGAGGGUUUACGUGACCAACGACACAUCCGAUGUGUAUGAAGAUCGGUUUACUCGGCUAGCCCGCGGAGAAACUGGACGCAUCCAACCGACACUCAUACUUCUGGGCUUGAGGCUAGGGAUCGAGCAGAUCACCUCGGUAUAUUGGGAUGGACUCCGAGCCGCCCUGCAGUAUCCACAAUCGGUGGGUGUCGCAGGUGGACGGCCCUCAGCAUCACAUUAUUUCAUGGGCGUGCAGGAUUCACACCUCUUCUUCCUCGAUCCUCAUUUCACACGCCCCACGACCCCUCCGCGACGGCCCGAUGAAGCGUAUACAUCGGAAGAAAUGGAUACUUAUCACACCCGACGAUUGAGACGGAUCCACAUCAAAGACAUGGAUCCCAGCAUGCUGAUCGGAUUUUUGAUUCGAGACGAAACGGAUUGGGCGGAUUGGAAGGAGCGGGUCAAAUCCACACCAGGAAAGGCGAUCAUUCAUAUUGUCGCCAACGGAGCGCAAUCGGAGGAGGGCCACGGUCGAAAAGAGGCGUUGGACGAAGUUGAAGCACUGGACGAUUCGGAAUAG